AUGCAGAUGCCGCAGUACUUAGGCGUUGGACCUUUAUGUGAAUGCUCCAGUGAUUCGCAACCGCUUUUGAUUUCAGAAGAAAAAAUGAGCUUAGUGAGUCUUGAAGAAGGUGGAGAACAUGAUGAGAACUAUGUCAAGCAGCCAUUAUGGAUUCAUACUUGUGACGAAGUGGAAUUUGAAUUAGGACGGUUAGUCAAGGUUCGAAGUCGUGUGGAGGAGUUGGCAAACACACAGCAAAAGCAUAUUUCAAGACCGAAUUUCGGUGACGAAGCUUUAGAAGCUGAAGAAAAACAGAUGGAGGAAAUGACAGAACAAAUUACGUUGAUGCUGUCCCAUUGCCAACGGCUGAUCAACAUAAUUUCUACUCAGAGUUCUCGUUGUGAAAGUAAUUCUGAAAGGAGAUUACGAGAAAACACGGUUUCGGCUCUCGUCUUCACGUUGAGCCAAUUAACCAACGAAUUCCGCACCAGGCAAUCGAAAUAUCUGAAGGACAUCAAGAAUCGAACAACUAAUGUGGAUAGCUUUCUUGUCACAACGGGACAGUCUAACGACCUCCAAUGGGGUGAGCUCGUUGACGUAACACCAUCAGAUGAAUACACGAUGGAUCAGAUUCAACAAAUGUUGGUGAACGAACAAACUGUGAAGGAAAGAGAAAAAGAGGUGCUCGUAGUGAAUUCGUCUAUUCGAGAACUGAAUUCGCUUUUCAAAGAUUUAUCAUCAAUGGUGGUCGAUCAGGGUACAAUUUUGGAUAGGAUCGACUAUAAUGUUGAGCAGGCGUCUAUACGGAUUUCGCAGGCUGUCGGUAGUGUAAAGAAAGCAGAGAGGUAUCAACGGGGUGACAAGAAAAUGCACUGCAUUUUCUGUCAAACGAUAGCGAUCGUUGUGAUUGUUCUACUAAUUGUUUUCACAAAGAUUUGA